CUGCAAUAUGCCCCACCGUGUGCCCGAUAAAGGUCUAUGCGCAUAGCGGCAUAGGCAGGUUUACUAUCUUAUAAUUUUUUGGAAAGCCAUGCACUUGCAGUUCCAAAGCUUAAGCUGCUUGCCCUAGAUCCCAAGGAAACAUUGUAUCAAGGCCAGAUUGCGCUUUUCGACCAAUGAAUCCACCCAAGCAGCCGGCCGCGGUCAAUCCGCUGUUUCCCACCGUGACUGUGGUGGACCCUCGUCUAGCAGCACCUCGCGGCGACGAAUGGACCAACGCGUACCAGGAAAGUCGUCGGAGAGGCCUUGAUGACGAUGACAACUGGGCCAGACCUCCAGGGCGGGAGGAUGACGACGACAAUGCGGACCAUAACGGAGGCGGAGCAGCGCCCAUCGGUACAUCCAACAUCGGGUUUAAACUGCUCCAAAAGAUGGGGUGGAAGGAGGGUCACGGCCUUGGAAAACAGGAGAAUGGCAUAGUGGAGCCCGUUCAAGCGGGCGUGGAGGCAGGCGUGCGGCUGGGACUCGGCAAGCAGGAGGAGGACGACAGUCACACGACGGAGGCGACGGCGGCACGGAAGCGACUGGAGAUUGAGGUGGCGGCGCAGGAAGACGAGGAGGCGGCGCGGCGGCGGGAGGCGACUGCGGAGGUGCUGCAGAAGCGCGCGGAGGACGUGAAGGAGAUGCUGCAGACCUUUUACUGCGAGGUCUGCGACAAGCAGUACUCCUCCGCUCGGCAGCUAGAGGAGCACCUCUCCUCCUACGACCACCACCACCGCAAGCGGCUCGCGGAAACCAAAGCUGCCAUGGCCGAGCGGAACCGCGGAGAGCGGCAGCGCCGAGAGCAGAAGGUCGCUGACAAGGAAAUGGCGCGACUGCAGAAGCAGAUCGAGGCAGCUCAGCAACGUAGCCGCCAGCAGCAACAAGGACAGCCGCCGCUGCCGCCGUUGCCAGCGGAUGAGGGGCCGCCGCCGCCGCCGCUGCCUCCAGGCCCGCCGCCGCCACCGUUGCCCUCAGACGCCCCGCCUCUACCCCCCGACGAAGCCACGGCACCACCGCCGCCACCGUUACCUCCACUACCCGACGGAGGACCCGCCAGCGAUGGAGCGGCUGCCGCCACCACCGCCCCGUCAUCUGCUCCGGCGCCGAUAGCCGUCGUGCCAGGUACGACAGGAAUCAGCUUCGGACUCAUGAGCGGCGGUGGCGGCGGCGCAGGUGGUCGCGGCGGCGGGCUGCUUGCGGGUGCGGGCGGCCGGGGGCUGCUGGGUGGCGCGGUGCGAGGCGGUCUGAAGCGCCCUGCGAGUGCCAUGCUGGUGGCGGGUCGCGGGGGCGGGAGUGGACUGGCGGCGGGAGGGCGGCAGGUGAAGCCGGCGGCGCCCCUGGCUGCUGGGUUUGGACUGGACUCGGACGAUGAAGAGGCGGAGGGGUCGUGAGUGGGCGGAGGAAGCCAGGGUAUAGGUAUGGCUGGGGAUUAGGUAAACUGCGGUGGCCUUAGGUGCGGUAUUGGCUUGGGAUGGUGGCGUGUGGAAGGGCUUGGGGACUCAGGGGGUGAUGGUGAUGCUGGUGGUUACAACCGUGCAGCAGACGGCAGCCGCCGCCAUCUACGUUGCUGCGGCGGCGGACACCAGGCGGUGUGCAUCAGGGGCAGGGGAGAGUGAGAAAAUCUAAGGCUGGUGCAGCUUCUGCGUGUCUGGAUCUGCCUGGUGCUUCUGAGGUGGUGGUGGUGGUGAUGGUGGGCUGCGGCGGUGGGCAGUGCAUGGCAUCAGGUGACAUGGUAGCGGACAGGGAUGGUCGUGGGAGGAGGGGCGGUGUGGAGAGAGUGGUCGUGACGCGAUAACGCGUUGCAUCCAUGCAGCAUGUUAUACCGUACAUGCUGCAGUAUCUGACAUGGCGAACGGGAUGUCCCGGGUGUUCCGGUACCUGUCUGGGCACUGCAUGCGACUGGUGGGUAGACGUGGGCGCGCAGGAUGGGGUG